AUGGCGUUCAAGUGGGAGAAUGGAAGGCGAUACCACGCUUACAAAGAUGGGUCCUAUUGGGCUCCGAAUGAUGAUCGCCAACAAGAAGCUGAAGACCUCAUGCACGAGGUAUACAGAAUCAUCCUCGGUAAUUCACUGUACGAGGCACCCAUUGGAGAUAAUCCUCAGAAAGUUCUUGACAUAGGAUGCGGAACUGGUAUCUGGGCAAUCGAAUUCGCUGAUGAGCAUCCUUCUGCUGAUGUUCUUGGAGUCGAUCUCUCUCCUAUUCAGCCAAACUUCGUACCGCCCAACUGCAGAUUCGAGGUUGACGAUAUCACAAAUGAAUGGACUUAUCCCGAAGACACCUUUGACUUCAUCCACAUCCGCUCUAUGAUAGGAUGUCUUCCCGACUGGACUGACUUUUACCGCAAAGCAUUCAAGCACACGAAACCUGGUGGCUGGGUAGAAAGCGUUGAGCUCUGGGGCAACUCAAAGUGUGAUGACGAUACCUUGAAGCCUGAGUCGCCACUACACAAGUGGGUAGAGGUCUUUAAGAAGAUUGAGUCUCUGACAGGCAAAUCUUUCUUCUGGGACGAUAAAAUGCAGGAGUCAAUCUCUGACGCUGGAUUUAUCAAUGUUUCGGGUCGAAGGAUCAAGGUUCCUAUUGGGACUUGGCCGAAGGAUAAGACUCUGAAGCAAUGGGGUGCUUGGAACCGCCAUUUUCUUCUUCAGGGCCUCGAAGGUUUCUCGAUUCGUGGUCUUACCGAAAUGCUGGGCUGGAAAUACGAGGAUGCUCAGCUGUUCUUGGCUGACAUGCGUAAAGAGUUGACGAACCCAGCUCUGCAUGCCUAUCUUGAUGUGUGA